AUGAGUGAGGCCACCGUCACUCUACCUUGGCAGAAAGCCACUCCGGGUCACGAUCUCGCAGAGUGCUCCCUCUAUGCGGCGUGGGUGAUUCUUGCAGCCUCCUAUGCGGAUCAGUCCAGCAUUCGCUUCGCAGUACAGAGGCAUGCCCCGCAACAUCAGCAAAAGAGAAUGCGUCCCGUCCCGGAUGAGAUGACUUAUGAGAUUGAUUGGGACCAUACUGUCCCACAGGCCCUGGAGAAUCUGAGACGGAGCCUUGCCACCUUAUCUGGUGAUGCAGCCGGAGAUGACGAGCCAGUCUCGUCCGCGGCCUUGUCGGAUCAACAGCGUAUCGCUCCAUUCCAAUUCGUGCUCUUCCACGAGGCCGAGCCGGGCGAGGAGCUGGGGACCGGGCGUCCGAGCUGCAUGAGCGCUGCGGCUCAUGGCCGGUAUGCCCUGAUCGUCCGGUGGCAGAAGCAGACCACAGGAGUCAAAGUGCAGGUCUAUGCCCGGAUCGGUCUGGGAGGGACUUUGCGAGCCCGCCGGCUGGCCUCCCAGCUGCAACACAUUCAUGCACAACUGCUCGCGCCGGCAUCAAUGGGUCGGCAGCUGGCGGAGCUAGACACUGCUAGUGAGGAGGACCUCCACCAGAUUUGGACCUGGAACGCCGAUGUCCCCAGGGCUCAUGACAAGCUAAUUCACGAAUUAUUCGACCAGAGAGCCAUAGCCGCUCCCACCAUGUCCGCUAUCUGCGCCUGGGAUGGGGAGUUCUCAUACGAGGAGCUCCGCAUGCACUCGAACCGACUAGCCAGGGAGCUCGUCGCCCGGGGAGUGGGAUCUGGGGAUGCAAUUCCACUCUGUAUAGAGAAGUCGCGCUGGAUGCCAGUGGCCAUGUUGGCGGUGAUGAAGGCCGGUGCGGCGUGUGUGGCACUGGACGUCGACCAGCCCUGGGAACGACUGCGAGUGAUCGUGGAUCGCGUCACCCCGAGUGGUGGACGUGGCGCACACACGAGGGACCACUCCAGCCACCGCCGACGGACCCCUCCCCCGGGGAGCCCAUCAGAUGCUGCCUAUAUCACAUUCACCUCGGGAAGCACGGGCGUCCCCAAAGGGGCCAUCAUCAGCCAUGGCAAUGUGAGUAGCGGGAUCUAUCUUCAGGCGGCCAAACUAAAUUUUACUGAGUCGUCGCGCGUGUUUGACCUCGCCCCCUAUUGCUUCGACCUCGCCUGGUCGAAUAUGCUGCAUUGCUUGUGUAUGGGCGGAUGCCUGUGUGUCCCCCGUCUUCAGGACUGCCAGGCGGACCUUUCGGGCACCAUCCAGCGCUUUGGGGCCAACAUGAUGAACAUCACCACCUCCGCGCUGCGUCUAGUGCACCCAGACACGGCUGGGCUCCAUACGAUUCUCCUUUGUGGCGAACCUGCGGAUGAGGACGUGGUGAGUACCUGGGCAUCCCGGGUGCAGCUCUUCAAUACGUAUGGCUCCGCCGAAUGUCCCUCCAAAGGCGCCUUCACCCAUGUGCCGGCGAGCCAGCAGGGUAAACCCCCGAUUGGAAAGGGUCUUGCCACCAACACCUGGGUGGUUAACCAUCGGAACGGUGCCGGUCUCUGCGGCAUCGGCAUGAUCGGGGAACUGUGGGUGGAAGGCCCGAUCGUCGGGCAAGGACUUUACCGGACCGGCGAUCUGGUUCACUAUCGAGACGAUGGGUCCCUGGAAUUCGUUGGGCGCAAAGACCAGAUGGUCAAGAUUCGCGGCCAACGGGUGGAAUUGGGCGAGGUUGAGAACGGUAUCCGGCAGUAUUUCUCCACGUCGACCCUGAACAACAUCAACGAGGUGGUGGUGGAGGUCAUUCUCCCUGCUCAGGGCGAGCGUCCGCUCUUGGUGGCACACCUGGGCAUAGGUGAAGGACGCACGGAUGCGCUGGGACCGGUCAUUGACGAUCUGAAGGCGUGGCUGGUCGGGCAUUUGCCGCACUAUAUGGUUCCGUCUCUCUUUCUCCCCCUCCAAUAUUUGCCCCGAACCGCCACUGGCAAGAUAGAUCGUCGCAAGUUGCGCGAGACCGGCAGCGGCUGGAAGCUUCUCGAAUUAGGCGCCCUGGACCCCAGGUUUAAGACGGUCAAACAGAACCCUGAAACGGAGAUGGAAAAUUGCCUGCGAGAACUGUGGUCCAUUGUGCUGGGUGUGGAGGUGACUUCAAUCAGUACGAGCGACAACUUUUUCUUGCUCGGCGGAGACUCUAUCACCGCGAUUCGCCUGGUCAGCGCUGCUCGCCACCGGAACUUGGCAUUGACCGUCGAGGACAUUUUCCGCUACCCCGAGAUGCGGGAAUUGGCUAAGCAGAUCGGGAUCAAGGAUGCCCAUGAGGCUCUUUCAGAAUCGAGCAUCCUGCCGUUCUCUCUGUUGCCUCGGAAGUCCCCAUCACAUCGGCAGGUGGCCCAAGACUGCGCCACCGCGUGUAGAGUGAGGGUCGAGUCGAUCGAGGAUAUUCUCCCGUGUACGCCGACUCAGGAAGCUUUCAUGGCGGUGACGGCGCAGUCUGACAAUGUGAGUGCGUUGAACCCAUAUAUCUUUGCGCUCCCCGCCCUGGUCGAGCGACAAGCGUUCAUAGCCACCCUGAAAGCGGUCGUCAACGACCUGCCCAUCUUGCGGACCCGCAUCGUCGAUGUUCCAGGGAGAGGCUUGGUGCAGGUGGUGAUCAAGGAGCGUGGUGACAUUGUGAGAGCGGACACCAUAUCUGGCUGUCUCGAGCAGCUCGGCCACCAGUCUAAGGGAGGUCUGGGAGAGCCCUUGAGUCUCUUCGGUGUCAUCACGGAAGGGCAGACUGCGCAUCUGCUUCUGUCCAUGCAUCACGCAGUCUAUGAUGGGUGGUCUCUAUCCUUGAUCCUCGAUCAGGUGCAGGCCACAUAUCGAGGACACGGGAAGAACGACCUCCGGUCAAUGAAGACGCUUCUGUACCACCGAGAUCUGAUUGAUCAUCAGAACGCCGAACAAUUCUGGCGAUCCCAACUCCGCGACUGUCAACCUCCACCCUUCCCUUUCAUGCCCGUGAUCACCGGUCAGCGCCCGAUUUCGAAGAACCGAUUCGUCCAUGAGAUUAAGCAUCUCUCCUGGCCAGCGGGCGGAGUCACGGCAGCAACAAUGAUUCGGACCGCCUGGGCGCUGCUAAUAUCUCGCUAUACUGGCUCCGAUGAUGUUGUUUUUGCCGCAGUCGUGAGCGGGCGCCAGGUGCCUAUCCCAGCAGUUGAGACGAUUGCGGGACCCACGGUGGCGACAGUUCCGGUGCGAGUCCAGAUAAACCCCGACGAUUCGGUUCACAGCCUGCUCAGCCAGCUUCAGCAGCAAGGAGUGGAUAUGGUGGCCUUUGAGCUGACGGGAAUUCCCAAUAUCACACGCGCAGCAGUGGGAGUGGACCUCGCUCGCGUCAUGGAGACCAUGCUGGUGAUUCAACCCCGGGAGAGUCAGCCCGGAAGCUUUUUUAAGGCGGAGGACAAGAAGCAGCUUCCUGACCGAGACGAAUUGGCCGCGUUCAAUACCUUUGCUCUCAUGCUUGAGACCCAUUAUCAAGGCACAGAGGCCUUGUCUACCUGCUUCCGGUUUGACGAUCGCAUCAUCAACGCGGAGCAGGUCCGUUUGCUGGCCGCGCACUUCGAGCGGCUUCUUCGUCAGAUCAGUGCCGCAGACGUGAGCAACCGCAUCAGAGACCUCGACUGUCUGAGCGAGCUAGAUUCGCGACUGAUCUGGAAGUGGAAUGCACGGGUACCAAGCGCGGUGAAUGAGGUGGUCCAUGUUCUGAUCGACCGAACGACGGACGGUCUGGAGGCGGAAGCGGUCUGCGCGUGGGACGGAUCCGUCACGUAUGCGGAGCUCCGACUCUGGUCCAACACACUGGCGCUUGCGCUGGGUCAGUGGCAGGUGGGAGUCGAGACGCCCGUCGUACUCUGUCUGGAAAAAUCGAAGUGGAUGCCUGUUGCAAUGCUGGGGGUCAUGAAGGCUGGGGGCGUGGCGGUUGCUCUGGACAUCACCCAACCGAAGGAACGUCUUGCGACAAUUGUGCGUCAGGUCCGACCUCGACUGAUUGUCACGUCUGAGACAGCGGAAUGUCUGGCCAGGGAUCUUCUACCAGAAUCUCCACCACUGGUAGUCUCCAAGCAUGUAAUGGUUGCUGGUGGCUCCGCCCCGGUUCGCAGUCCUCGGGUACAGGUAACGCCCUCCAAUCGGCUCUUCAUCGUGUUCACCUCAGGCACGACCGGCACCCCGAAGGGAGUCAUGAUCACACACUCCAACUUCAGUAGUGCCAUGGAACAUCACAGGGUGAUGACCGGUCUCAACCAACACUCGCGAGUGUUUGACUUUGCCUCCCAUUCUUUUGACGGAGCCUGGGUCAACGUACUCGAGACCCUGCACGCGGGAGGCUGUGUAUGCAUCCCAUCCGAGGAUGAGCGGCGGAAUGAUCUCGCAGGCGCCAUCCAACGCCUACGAGCCAAUUUCACCUACCUACCCCCGUCAUUGCUGCGUUACCUGGAUCCGUCUGAUGUCCCGACUCUUGAGACGGUGUAUAUGGUGGGCGAGGCGGUGCCUAAGGAUCUGCGGGACCGGUGGAUGGAGUCUUGCCAUGUGGGUGUGGCAUAUGGCCCGGCGGAAUGUACCGUUACCUGCACUAUGACAAACUGGCGGCAUGGUCAUAGUACCUCCUCGGAUAUUGGGGUCGGAGUCGGCGUCAAUACCUGGGUCGUCGACACUCGGAGCCCAGCAAUGGGGCUUGCGCCUGUCGGGGCAGUGGGUGAGCUAUGGCUGGAAGGGCCUUUGGUCGGGCCAGGGUAUCUCGACAAUCCGGCCGCAAAUGCAACGGCUUUCGUUAAGGACCCCAUGUGGUUACGGCAAGGCCACGCGAGUGGCCGGGGUCGAACUGGCAGACUUUAUCGUACUGGCGACUUGGUUCGAUAUCACCACGAUGGGUCGCUCCGCUUUGUCGGGCGGAUGGAUACCCAGGUUAAGCUGCGUGGGCAGCGUAUCGAGCUCCAGGAAGUGGAGCACUCCUUCCGAUCAAAUUUGCGUGCUCCAGACCACGCUCUGCGGUUGGCUGCAGAGGUCAUCGUGCCCAUGGGCACAACGACGCCUACUCUCGUAAUCUUCCUGGAGAUGACUGAAUCCAAACUCGGUGCCGAGAAGACAACCGGGUUUUCUAGUCAUCUCGAGAGGGGUUUGGAGGGAAUCGAGGAGAAGCUGCAGAACAAGCUUCCUCACUACAUGAUUCCAUCCGCGUAUGUGGCGAUCGAUAAGCUGCCUCUUACAUCAACGGGGAAAUUGGAUCGCCGCAGAAUCAAGGAACUGGGGGCCCAAUGCACUCGGAAGGACCUCAGACCGUUGACACAGCCUCAAUCUCCAAUGGAAAGUCAAUCUCCCCUCAGUUCGACGGAGGAAACCUUGCAAAGAAUUUGGAGUCAGGUGCUCAAUGUUCCCGCGCAGGAUAUAUCUCGGGUGUUCUCCUUCAGUCGCCACGGGGGAGAUUCCAUUACUGCUAUGCAGGUAGUUUCCCGCUGCCGGGCACAUUCAAUUACACUCUCUGUCAGUCAGCUCCUCAGCGGACAAACCAUCCAACGGAUUGCGUCGGAAUCAAAAUUCGAAGCGAAGGAUCUUCAAGAUGGGGUAAAAUGUGAGCCAUUGAGUCAUGAUGCAUUCGGACUAUCUCCGAUCCAGCAGAUGCAUUUUCAGAUAUAUCCUAACGGUCUGCACCACUAUAACCAAGCAUUCCUGCUCCGACUCCGGAUCAGAGUCGAGACAGAAAGAUUUCGGCUCUCCGUAACCGACAUCGUCCGCCGUCAUGAAAUGCUCCGGGCCCGGUUCCGGAAGACUGGUGCUGGCACUUGGGAGCAGUAUAUUGCGGAAAUGGCUGAAACCGCUUUUCGGUUUACCUUCCAUAUCGUCAUGACCCGGGACGAUAUGCAAGCUUUGGCGCGAGCGGAGCAAGAAUUCCUGGAUAUCGGUCGAGGCCCUGUGUUUGCUGUAGCGCUUUUCACGAGCGCUGAGGAUGACACGCAGUACGUGCUUUUCACUGCGCAUCAUCUCGUCGUGGACCUUGUUUCCUGGAGGAUUCUCUGGUAUGACCUAGAGCAGAUCCUCCUCACUGGGUUCAUGGGUCCUGCACCGACUACAUCAUUUCAGUUCUGGUGCAGUCACCAGCACAAGCAGGUGGAGCGUCUGCUUGCACAGGAUGUGUUGCUUCAUGAUGUCAGGCGUCCGGAGCUCGAAUACUGGGGUUUGCCGAUGGAGGACAACCUCGAAGCGGGCUUUGUGGCGGAGGAACGACGCAUUGACAUUGGUAUCACUUCCACUUUAUUUCAAAAGGAUUCCCAUCAUGCAGACCAUAUUGCUCCUGUAGAUAUUAUUCUUGGGGCGAUUCUGUACGCAUUCCAGGCAUCCUUUCCUGAUCGAUCGGUUCCAACUGUCUUCUUUGAAGGUCACGGUCGAGAGCCGUUACUGGGCACCGACGCUGCCGCUGGGCUGGAUCCCAGCUCGACAGUCGGUUGGUUCACCACAGUGCAUCCCCUGCGGAUCUCCAUGCAACCGACGACACCGCUCUUGGAGGUAAUCCGCCGCAUUCGAUGGGGCAGAGAUGCUGUGCUUGGUCGUGGACAACCAUAUUUCUCAUACUGCUAUUCAGGGGCGUCGAGUGCAGAGACCAUCACUUUCCGUCCUCACGAAGGGGUCGAGCUCCUAUUCAACUACUCGGGAACGUAUCAACAGCUGGAAACCAGCCAGGGCAUCUUUGAGCGCGGUCCUGAGGAAGAAGUUCCCAAUCAAAUUGCGCCCAGUGCAAGGCGAUUGGGUCUUGUUGAGGCCAGCGCUCGAGUCCACCGGGGUCAGUUAGUCUUUACCGUCGAGCGCCACCGCCGACUUGACGACAGAAGGACCCAGUUUGUCCAAUGGAUGGAUGGCGUUGUAGACGCUCUCUCCGAUGCUGUCGGCCAAUUACGCCAGAUCAAUACGGUCCUUUUUGGCCUACACGUGUCCGAUCUCUCUGUUCUGGAACACUGUCUCCUGGCACACGGCCUUACAGUUAAUGACGUCGAGGCUGCAUAUCCUUGUACUUCGUUUCAAAAUCAUAUGCUGAAGGCUCAGUCCUCCCAGGAUCCGGCCAUAUACAGGAUAAUGCUCCAGCUGAAGGUGCAUCUCCACGGGGGUGACUCGCAACAUUCGUCGACCCAUUUGCGUAAUACCUGGAACACGAUCGUGGAUCGGAUGGAAACCCUACGAGUUCUAUUCUGGUCCGACUGUGGUCAGACGGCAUCCCAGCUCGUCCUGAAGCCUGCGGCCUUCCGUCUCUACCAGUCGACGAAGAAGCCCGGGCUCUUGGGAGAUUCGCACCGGUUGGAGAUCCAAGAGACAGAUUCCCAUCUCCUUGUCUCUCUCGAAAUCAACCAUGCAGUCGUAGAUCGGAUAUCGAUGAACCAGAUCAUCACUGAGUGGGAGGCAGCCUAUUACCAGGAUGCUCCCGCUGCCUCGUUGCCCGUCCACUUGCGUCCCGUGAUCCCGGAGAUAUUGCAUCUGGAACAACUGGAGAGGCCGGCUCUAUUCUGGCGUGAGGUGUUAAAGACUGCAGUGGGUCCAUUCACAGUUCCUGUCAAUGACCGUUGGGGCCGGCGUGCCCAAGAUGUACGAAUCCUGACCCUGCGUAUACCUCGAUUGGCCGAGAUCAAGAGGGUGGCACAAUCGCACGAUGCCACUGCUCCUUCCGUGUUCUAUGCUGCCCUGACAGUCAUGCUCUCUUCCCAGCUCGGUACACCAGAUGCCGGCUUCCUCACAGUCUCCUUGGGCCGUGGUCAACUUCCUCCCGGCUCGCAGGAUGUGGUAACCUCCUGUCUAACUCUUGUUCCCUGCAUCGUGACCCAUGUCCGCGGAAUGGCGGUGGCUCAGCUUCUGCAGGCCGUUCAUCAACACAUGUCCGCCGCAUCAGACCACGAGCGAGUUGACCUGAAGGCGCUUGAGGUGAGCUGGAAGGGCGAUGGACCGCUCUUCAACGUUUUGGUGAAUUAUCGCAAGUUCUCCGAGGCUGCUGUCGACCCCCGGCCUGUGCGGCCACGAUUCCAAGAACUGUGGUCUCGAGACUUGUGGGAUUUUGACCUCAUUCUGGGCGUCGAAGAACACGAGAAUGAUCUGGUUAUCUCGCUACAGUGGUAUGAUGGCCGCCUACACCGUGACCAGGUAGAGUCCUGGCUGGAAACCUUGCGUAACAACCUGCAUUUUCUCCUUGAGCAUCUCCUUCGGAAAGAACAAUAG